AUGAGUAAAGCCGACAACUCGGCGAAAGCCACCUCGCCAAGCGUGGCAAUACACGUGGAUGGCUAUGAAGAACAGGAUCAGGAACGUUUAAAAUUGCUAGACCCAAACUCGUCAACGCCGAUCGUUACGCCCUCUGGACAAAUUCGCAAAGUCAAGAGCUUCACAGACACACACAGAAUUCGAGAUGUGAAUGCCGCGUCUGGUGCAGCUUCAGCGAGAAGCCUGCGCCCGUAUGAUCAGGUUGCUACUUAUAACCCCGAAGGUUCAGACAGUGGCACUAACCACUAUGCUCCAUCCGUUCGUUCCCUUGCCUCCAUUGGUAUGGGCUGUACUGAUGGUCGAAAAAUGGUUAUUAGACGAGUUCCUACGUCGCCCACGGAACUGUUUCAUCUAGUUCGCCCUCCUACACCACCAGAUGAAGAUACGGCGUCACAAGAAAGUAAUUGCGGGGAAGAGGAAGAAGACGCUGACACUGUACACUUAAAACCUAGAAGACCAUUUUGGGCAAACAAAAUACAAUUUGUGCUAGCCUGCGUUGGAUACUCGGUUGGUCUGGGAAAUGUUUGGCGUUUUCCAUAUCUGUGCUACAAAAGCGGAGGAGGGGCAUUUCUGAUUCCUUACUUUAUAAUACUCCUAAUAUGCGGUGUGCCGAUGUUAUUCAUGGAACUAGCUGUAGGCCAAUACACAGCUCAUGGUCCUAUCGGAGCGCUUUCACAAAUAUGUCCUCUAUUUAAAGGUGCUGGUUUAGCAAGCGUGGUGAUCUCCUUCCUUAUGUCCACGUACUAUGCAGUGAUUAUUGCUUGGGCGAUAUAUUACUUUUUUACAUCAUUUAAAUCUGAAGUUCCAUGGGCAAGUUGUUCUAACAGAUGGAAUACUGCACAAUGCUGGGUCCCUAAUCACAACAUAACCAAACCUAAUGGCUCUCAAACGCCCACCGAACAAUUUUUUGAGAGAAAGGUCUUGAGCAUGAGUGAUGGUAUAGAGUUUCCUGGGGGCAUGCGGUGGGAGUUGGCGGCUUGUUUAAUUUGUGCUUGGGUUUUAGUUUACUUUGCACUUUGGAAAAGUAUAAAAUCCUCAGCAAAAGUUCGAUAUAUCACCACGACUUUACCAUUUCUACUUAUCAUUGUAUUUCUUGGACGAUCUUUAACACUCGAUGGUGCUGAUAAAGGCUUAAGGUUCUUCUUUAAACCGGACUGGGAACUAUUAAAACAAUCACGACCAUGGGUUAAUGCCGCCUCUCAAAUCUUCAAUUCGAUAGGAAUUGCAUUUGGUUCGAUGAUAAUGUUUGCUUCAUAUAAUCGAUUUGACAAUAACUUCUUACACGAUACUUUGGCUGUAUCUUUAGUUAAUGCAGUAACUAGUCUAAUUGUUGGGAUUUUUACAUUUGCUACAAUCGGAAACAUUGCUUUUGAGCAAAACACAUCGGUGAAAGUGGUCAUCGCUGAUAGUCCUGGUCUACUGUUUGUAGUUUAUCCACAAGCUAUAGCUAAAAUGCCAGCAUCACAACUUUGGGCAGUAUUAUUUUUCUUCAUGUUCCUCUGCCUCGGUUUAAACAGUCAGUUCGCUAUAGUUGAAGUUGUGGUGACUUCUAUUCAAGAUGGAUUUCCUGACAUGAUACGGAAACGACUAGUGUAUCAUGAACUGCUAGUUCUUUGCGUUUGUGCUGUUUCCUUAGUGUUUGGAUUGCCACAUAUUAUACAUAGUGGCAUUUACCUAUUCCAACUUAUGGAUUACUAUGCAGCUUCACUGAGUAUAACGUAUUUAGCUUUCUUUGAAGUUGUGGGCAUAGCCUGGUUCUAUGGAGUGGAUCGUCUGUCUCAAAACAUUAAACAGAUGACAGGUCAGGUUCCAUCGCUGUACUUCAGAUUUUGCUGGUUAAUAGCUGCGCCAGCGCUAUUGCUAGCGCUUUGGGUAGCUAGUCUCGUUGACUACACACCGCCGAGCUACCGUCAAUAUCAGUAUCCAGCUUGGGCACAAGUAAUGGGCUGGACUAUCGCCUCACUUUCUUUAUUAUGCAUUCCAGUCUACGCAGUAGUCGUCAUUGUCAGGUCUCCUGGCAGUUCUCUUAGAGAGAAACUGCGGAAUUCAAUUCGUCCGACGUCCUUGUGCGACUGUGGGGUUGCAGGUUGUGAUAUAUGUUGCUCGGACUCUGAACCACCCGAAGACAAAAUAACCAUGAACUAG